GGGGCAGCAAGUUCCCUGGAUUGCCUUUCUGCAGCUCUUUUACCAAAGAGGAAGUACAAAUACUGCAAAGGCAAGCGUGCGCGGGGGCCCUGGCUUGUGUGUGCCCUAUGGUCGCAGGAUGGUCCCGGCCCAGAGUCCACCGGCCCUUUAGGAUGAUGGGAAGCCCUGGGAUCGUCGCUACAGACCACCUUCUGCCAGCCCUGCCUCCUUCCCCACAGGUUUUUUCUGCAAUACAGUGGAUACAAUUUGUUAUGGCUACUCUGAGUGUUAUCGGUUCAAGUUCUCUUAUUGCCUAUGCUGUAUUCCAGAAUAUACAGAAAUCUCCAGAGAUAAGGCCACUCUUUUAUCUGAGCUUCUCUGACCUUCUCCUGGGGAUAUGCUGGCUCAUUGAGGCACUUCUUUAUGGAACUUCAGUAGCCAAUAAGGAUGUUGUUUGCUAUAACUUGCAAGCAGUUGGACAGAUAUUCUACAUUUCCUCAUUUCUUUACACCGUCAAUUACAUCUGGUAUCUGUACAAAGAGUUGAGGAUGAGACACAACCAGAAUGGACAGAGCACAUUUCCACUGGUUAUAGAUUAUACUUGUCAUGUUGGUCAAAUAGCCAUCAUUUUGUCAAGCCUGAUACCUCUUCUGUUAAUGAUACCUGUAUUCUGUCUGGGCAAUGUUAGUGAAUGUUUCCACAACUUCAGCCAGAGCCACAGGUGUAUUCUGAUGUUCUCACCACCAUCAGCCAUGGCUAAACUGCCUUAUGCCAACACAUCUGUCUGUAGCACACUUUAUUUUUAUGGGAUCACCAUUUUCCUGACCAGCUUUCUCCUCAGCCUCCUCACCAUUGUGGUCUUACUCAUCCAAGCCCAGACCCUUUAUAAAAAGUUUGUGAAAAAAACUGGCUUCCUGGGGAGUGAACAGUGGGCAGUGAUUCACAUUGUGGAGCAGCGAGUACGCUUCUACCCGUUGGCCUUCUUUUGCUGCUGGGGCCCAGCUGUCAUUCUGGUGAUCAUAAAGUUGACCAAGCUACAGGACAUGAAGCUUCACAUGGUCCUCUGUGUUCUCCAGGCUCUAACAGCAUCAUCCCAGGGUCUUCUCAACUGUGGAGUAUAUAGCUGGACACAAUACAAGUUCUACCAACUAAAGCAACAGGCUCGGCGUGAUGCAGACACCCAAACACCAUUAUUAUGCUCACAGAAGAGAUUCUAUAGCAGGGGCCUAGAUACAAUGGAGUCUGCCCUUGGUUUUGAUACCAGCCCUCCACCAUUCUUUGAAACUGUAAUACUGGAACAUCCAGGAACCAGAAUUAUUCCACAUUAAUGGAUUGAGAAGAGUGUUGGGGAACAACAUCUCAGGUCUUUCCAACCAUGCCUUAAACUAUGGAAGUGAAAGAGGUUGUAGUGCUGUGGUUAGUAGCUUUUCUUGUUGAAUUGGGCAGGAUCUCUCUGUUAUUCUCAGAUUCACUAAAGUCUUUGUUCAGGGAGGUAAAGUCACUUUCCUUCUAAGAGAUAGACUCCUAUCACCUCAGUGAAUACUAUAUUUGUUUAAAUCUCUUCUGGAUAAUUUCCAAGUUAUUACUUACAUGUGCCAUUUCCAGGCUCUCUACUCUGUGGUCAUGUGGGAAGUAGGGUGGCAUGUAGCAGCUUGCUGAGAUUUUGCUAGUAUUGUUAUUCUCUCUGAAGUUGGACAAAGAAAGUCCUGGGUUUCUGUUUUUUGAAGAGUUUUUGAAACUCAGAAGAAGUGAGGACAAUAACUACCAAAAAACUGACAGUGGGAUCCUCAGGCACAGCCUCCUCUCUUAUUUGUUCAGUGCUGUUCUAAGUCUUGACAGUAGGAACCAUCUGCUCUAGGAAAUUAAGGCAAAUCUCAUGAAGUUACAAGAGAUAAUACGAUCUAAGAGAAAUCAGGAUUAAAAGAAACUUUAGGUAUCAAAAACUCUCAACUCCCAUUUAUAAGCAGAAGUCCAAAGGUAGGUUUCAUAGUCCCUGGACAUAGAAUUUGGUUGAACCAUAUGAACUUAGCAUUUUUGUAGGUGCAAAUGACCUAAUAUCAUCAAUUUUGCAUGGUUUAACCUAAUGGUAGGUGCUCGAUGUAUGUUUAUAGAAUAAAUGAAUGAAUAAGUGAAUGAAUGGCUAGAAAGAACCUUUUGGGAAAGAAAAGAUUCCCAGACAGCAGAGCCUCAUUCACUAGCAAGAAUGUCUACCUGUUUCGUCUUCCCCCUCCCCUCUCCUUCAUCAUCUUUCUCCUCCUCCUCUUCUUCUAAAAGAUUUUAUUUAUUUAUUUGAGAGAGAGCGUGCAAGCAGUGGGUGGAGCAGAGGGAGAGGGACAAGAAGACUCUAUGCUGAGCAUAGAGCAUGACACAGGACUCAAUCCCAGGACCCUGAUAUCAUGAUCUGAGCUGAAACCAAGAUUCAAACACUUAACUGACUGAGCCAGCCAGGGACCAUCCUUCUUCUUUAAUCACACAACAAGUGGUGUUUGAUCUCUUUAGUUAAGUUAUGAACAAAACCAGAUACUAAGGGCAUCAGAUACUAAGAUGCCGAAACAAAGAAGAAAAGCCAAAUGGACAAAGUGGCUGGAAUGACAAUCAACUAAAACACCUGGAACUAAUAACGAGAUGCUUCGCACCUAAUUUACUCCUUUGGUCUGUCCAAGGAAAAAUCCUCAAGGUUAGAGAUAAUUGAGAGUAGAUUACAAUGCUGAAUUAGAUAGGAUACUAUGAAAUUUAAGUUCCAGAAAUAACUCCGAAGGAACUCUCUGUAGAACUGUUAGGGAGAUCAGUAACAGAUCUUUAGGUUUGAGGCCUUAAUGUGGAGGGUGACCUGGCCUUUUUACUUCAAGAUCACAUCUUGAGGCCUGUCAUUGCCCCAUAGUUCUGGAAACCUGAUUUCUGGGUCGCACAGAACAAGAAAGAUUGCUUCACAUAGGGAGCUUCUUUAAAUUCUUUUAAUUUAAAAAAUGAGUAAGUAUUAACAUUUGGGAUGGCAGAUGGAAAAAAAAAAUUCCUAUUUCCGUAGACCUUGAGGGACACCAGAACUACGGAGUGUGAUUCUUAAAAAGUUUUAUUAAGUGGGGUACCUGGGAAGCUUAGUCGGUUGGGCAUCUGACUCUUAAUUUCUGCUCAGGUCAUGAUUUCUGCAUCAUGGGAUUGAGCCCCACAGCUCUACACUCAGUAUGGAGUCUCUUUCUUCCUCUUCCUCUGCUCGUGCUUGCUCUCUGUCUCUCUGUCUCUGUCUCUGUCUCUCUCUCACAAAUAAAUAAAAUAUUUUUUAGAAAGGUCUUUUUUGUAUCACUCCAUAUUUGGCUUUAUUAUCAGAAAGAAGGUAAUGAUGAAAUGUUUUUCAGGUUUGUUCAUCUUGCUUCUCUGAUGAAUUUUUUGCACAGACAUUGGUUUUAGAUCUUCUAUGGAUGUAAGUAAACAAAAACAUAGUAGGAAUGAGAGACAGUAAAAGGCUAGGCAAGAUCCAGAUUAGGAUUAUAAGCUUUUUGUCAUACUGAGAGUCAGAGCAGACACAUGGAGCUGGGCCACUAUUCAAACUGCCCCCCAAGUCCCUAGAUUCACAUGUAGGAGGGGUAUGGAUGUAGACACAGAGAUAUUCAUAAAAUUAUUGCAAAUACCCCUCCAUAACACUUGUCCAGGUUGUAUUCAUAGUAGAUAGAGUAUAGAGGUAUCUAAGCAGGUUUGAUUAAUAUAGAUCUGUAAAUGAUGUUGGGUACCAUCCCUCUCAACAGCUCUGUCCAUGACUUCAAAAAAUUCUGCACUCCAAUACCACAUGUCCUACAUGGGGAACUGGGUAAGGUUUGAUGUUUUUUAAUUCAGUCAACAGCCUUUCACAUUUUGCAACUUCCCAGGCUACCUUUUUGUCCUUUCCAAAGAUUUUAACACACCAAUUCUCCAGGCUUCAGCACCAGCCCUGGUAAUAGUAACCUGUUCUUUGUAAGGAACGCCACCUUCCUUGUAUCUGUCGGGCAUUACCUGGAAAUGCCAUUUCAGUGUUCUGGGAGGUCACACUCAUCUACUCUGAGGCAGCAGUGUGUAGAAAUAUGCUGGGUUUUUAGAAGGAUCCCAAAUGUGUUAUCUGAACCUUCCUUCACUGGCAUGAAGACAGACAGUAGUGAUCCUUUUAAUAACCAAGGACCCUGCCACAAUCACAUUCUUUUCCCUUAUUAACUGUCUUUUCUUUUCCCCCAAUAUGGCUUUCCAAAGGAGCUUUGGAGCUCAGGUUUUUUUAAACAGGCUAUACCCUCUGUGCUUAUGCAAUAGUCAUUGGAAGUAGUCAGUGGUGCAGUUGCUGAAGCCCUUAUCUACAGUAAGAAAUUCAUUCAGAGGUCAGAGGUUCUGGCCAUGACACUUGCAGGCCCACAUGGUCAUGCUUCAUUCCCAAGUUUUGGCCAAGCUUGUGAGCCAUAAAAGCUGUAAAAUGUGUUAUAUUUUUAUGACCGAAAGAUUCAACACUGGUUGAAUUCUUAGCAAUGCAGGUCCCACUAAGAAAUGCAUGGCUUGGGGUGCCUGGGUGGCUCAGUGGGUUAAGCCGCUGCCUUUGGCUCAGGUCAUGAUCCCAGGGUCCUGGGUUCAAGCCCCGCAUCGGGCUUUCUGCUCAGCAGGGAAGCUUCUUCCCCCCUCCCUCUGCCUGGCUCUCUGCCUACUUGUGAUCUCUCCCUAUCAAAUAAAUAAAUAAAAUCUUAAAAAAAAAAAUGAAAAGAAACGCAUGGCUCUGGUACUUCCCAAGACUUUGGCCAAUGAUCAUAUGAAUGACAUUUACGCCUCACUCUUCUCAAAAGAUGCCAGUCUCUCUAGCAGUUAAAAUUUUGAAGUGUUUCUUGCAAGUUCAGGGAGAUUUUUCACUAGGUUUCUUUCUGUCUAUAUCUUUAACCUAGUAAAUAAUACUGGGUUACAGUACAUUUAGUUUCUUCUUGUACCUGUUAACAUGAACAUCCGUUACCAUCUGUAUUGUCUUGGUAGCAUUAUUAUUCCACACUUGGAACUGCAUCCUGUCAACUACAGUAAAUAUUUCUGCAUGCUUGGGUAGUGACCACAUACACGACAUUGAAAAGGAAGAGGGUUCUAUUUUGCUCUGAAAUUGUGAAGUGGUUAAGAGUCCCUCUUGUUUAUCUCCACUCACUGUACAAGAAUAACCUGAUUUUAAAGAUAAGCUGAAAACCAUAUGCCCAAAAUUCUUUGAAGUAUAGAUGGUCUUAAUGCCAAAGGCAGUGUCAUAUAAAUUCCGGACUCCCUUUAUACCCCUGAGCAAGUGCUGAUAGUCACAGAGAAUGCAGUUCACCCUCUGAACAUCCAUUCAUCCUGAGUAAAAGGUAUGUCUAAUCCUAGUAUCCCAUUUUGAUGUGUAUAAACAUGGUAGUUCUUGAUAAAUAAUCCUUUCUUUUGCUUCAUAUUAAUAAGAGGCUAUUUUCCUUAUAUGAGUAGAAUAUAGGACAAUUUUUCUGCUUUUUCUUUCAGAAGUUUGAAUAUCAUCAAGUUUCUAGGGAUGACUGUUUUAUAAUAAAGAGAUUUCCAUUUAUAGUGUACCCCUUGAAGAAUAGUUAUUAUCAGCUAUAAAUAUGUCAUGCAGCUUAAUGUAGGAAGGGCUCAUUCUCAAGUGCCCAUUCAAGAAUUCUUGGAAGAAAAAUCACUCUAAACCUUAUCCAUGACCACUUGAUUUCAUAGAAGGAAGAGCAAAAGGGAGGCAAAGUAACUACAGUUGUAAUUUUCAUGGCCCAGUUGAAACAACUAAUACUCUUCUACCUCUGUCUCAGUUGCCUUGCCUGAGAUCCAUAUCUUUGUCAGUGACAUAGUAUGGUUAAAGCUCAAAGCUUUGCUGCCUGUGGCAAGGAUAGCUGCUCUUAUCCUGAGAGUUAAAAGAGGACAUCUGUAGUUUGACUGUGCCUCUUCCUACUCCUGUUGUGUUCUCUCUUCUCAGGAGUGCCCUAACUUUGCAACCUUCAUGAAAGCACAAAAUUUUAGUGCUGCUUAAUUGAGCUCCAGUUGUCUUCAUAGAGGAGUGUAUCAAGGAAAACUUGGUACAGAGAGGAAACUUUCAAAGGUCCUGCCAGUAUUAUGACUCAGGAUCACACACCAAGAAAAGAAAAAGCUAUAACCUUAUUUGUUUAGUCCCAGUCCCCAUGGAAGUCUUCCUCUCCUGUCAUUCAUUGUUCUUUUGAGUCAUUGAAACCACAGGUUUCUAGAGCAGGGGUUUGUAGAUCUCUGGGUAGGUCAUAUUUUGUACCAUCCCUACUCUGAAUCAUUCAGCCCUUUUCAAACCUCCAGUUCCUUUUCCUUUCUUUGUCACAAUAUGUUUAUUGGCUAAUUCCUAGAAUACAUGUAAAGUAUUAGAGUAACCCAUGUCUCUGUGAAAAGCACAUAUGUAAACUGAAAAAUAAUAUUUUUAUUCAAUUCUUUUUUUAUCUUUAGCCUUACAGUAUGAGGUCAAAAUAAUGUUUUCUAGAAUUAUCUAGGUUAUACUUCUUUAUCUAAACUUAUUCGGCAUGGUGAUAUUAUUCAUUUUGAAUACAGCUAAAUUCAUGUAUUACUGUUUGUAUUUCAUUUUGGGCUUUUCCCCACAUUUUGGAUGAUGAUGAUGUUUUUGGCAUAUGUGAAAUGUUACCAUGAUUCUAAAACUCAGUAGUGUACUGAAAAAAGUAUGCAGAGUAUACCUCUUUGAGCCUUUAAUCUGUUCCAUGUCCUACUUCUUUCUACCCAGCUCCCAACCACCUAUCUUAAUAGUACUUAGUUUAUUUUUCCUCUCUUUCUGCACAAAUUAGAAAAUGCAUGUAUAUUUUCUUGUAUCCUCCUCUCUUUUUUUAGGAUUUUAUUUGAGAGAGAGAGUAUGUGCAUGAGAGAGUGAGCAUGAGUGAUGGGGAAGGGUAGAGGGAAAGGAGAAGCAGAGAGGAGAAGCUCAGCAGAGAGCUUGAUGUGGGGCUCAGUCCCAUGUCCCUGGGAUCAUGAUCUGAGAUGAAGGCAGAUGCUUAACGAACUGAGCCAUUCAGGCAUCCCUAUCCUCUUCUUUCUUAUAAAUAAAUGUAGCAUAACAUUUUGCAUUUUCCUCUUUAAGCUUAAAGAUACAUCCUGUAAAUAAUCCCAUAGCAGUUCAUUCUUCAUUCUUUCUUUUUCACGGCUGCAUAAUACUCUAUUUUAUGGAUAUAAUUUAUUCAAUCACUCUUCUCUGUAUGGGCUUUUGAAUUGUAUAUAUUGUUUUGAAAUUACAUACAACACAUCAACAAAUAAUCUUGCACAUAGGUAUUUUUGUGGAGGCACGUUCCUUCACAAAAUAGGGAAGCAGUGCCUCUGUAACUAACUGUAAAUGUAGCUUUGUUUAAUAUUGCCAAAUUCCCCUUCAAAAGGGUUUUUCCAGUUGCAUUCCCACCAGCAAUGUAUUAGAAUGCCCAUUUUACCACAUUGUAAGCUACAGGGUAUGUUACCAUGCCAUAAAUUUUAAUUUUCAGCCAUUUAAUAGGUGAGAAGGGGCAUCUCAGUGCUAUUUAACUUGUAUUUUUCUACUUUGAGUGAAUUUGAACAGGUUUUAAUAUGUUUAAGGUCAUUUAAAAAAAUCUUUUAAUAGUUAUUUUUUCAUGUCUUUACCCCCUUUUCUAUCAAGGUUUUGGUCUAUUUUCUCUUUACCCCCCAGCUUUAUUGAGGUAUGAUUCAUGAAUAAACUGUGUAUAUAUGAAAGCAUACAACAUGUUGACUUGAUAUAUGUAUGGACUGUGAAAUAUUUAUUUACAUAUAAAACAUAAAUAUAUUUGUGUAAAUGUAAAUUUUCUAAAAGGCAAGAAACUCAUACAGUUAAAAUAAUUUUGGAGAAGAAUAACAUAUGGGAGGAAUCCCUCUUUUCAAUUUGAAGACAAUGUGAUAUUGGUGAUGGGAUAGAUACACUGAUCAAUCAAACAGAAGAGAGAACCCACACAUGUAUGGCCAACUAGUUUUUGACAAAGGAAUAAUAUGAACUGCAUGGAGGAAGGACAGUCUUUUCAACAAAUGGUGCUGGAAAAUUAGAUAUAUAGAGACCAAAAAAAGUUACCUCAACCUAAACCUCACAUACAAAAGUCACCUCAAAAUGGGUCAUAGUCUUAAAUGUAAAAUAUAAAACUAUAAAACUUUUUAGAAGAAAAUAUAGAACAUCUUUAGGAUCUAGGGCUUGGUGAGGAAUUUUUUUUUUAAGAUUUUAUUUAUUUAUUUGACAGAGAGAUAUCACAAGCAGAUGGAGAGGCAGGCAGAGAGGGAGAUAGAGGGAAGCAGGCUCCCCGCUGAGCAGAGAGCCCGAUGCGGGACUCGAUCCCAGGACCCCGAGAUCAUGACCUGAGCCGAAGGCAGCGGCUUGACCCACUGAGCCACCCAGGCGCCCCUUGGUGAGGAAUUUUUAACAUGAUACCAAAAGCAUGAUCCAUAAAAGAAAUCCAAAAAAAUUGGACCACAUCAAAAUAAAAACUCUUAAUUUAUAAAAGACCCUGUUAAGAAUAUGAAGACAAGCCAAAAACUGGGAGAAAACAUUUGCAAACCACAUACCUGAUAAAGGACUCAUUGAGAAUAUAUAAAGAACUCAUACUACUCAGCAAUCCAGUUAGAGAAUAGGCGAAAGACAAAGAGACAUUUCACUGUACAGAAUAUAUGGAUGGCAAAUAAGCACAUGAAAAGAUGUUUAACAUUAAUAGGCAUUAGAGAGAUGCAACUUAAGACCCCAUGAGUGAUCACUACAGACCUAUUAGAAUAGCUAAAAUUUGAAAAAUAGACAAUGUCAAAUGUUGGUGAGGAUGCAGAGAAACUAGAUCUUUCAUACGUUGCUGAUAGGAAUAUAUAAUUGUGUAUCAAUUCUGGAAAACAAGCAGUUUCUUUAAAAAAACUAAGCAAAUGGUGUGACUUAACAGUUACAGCUCUAGAUACUUAUUCCAGAGAAAUGAAAAUGUAUGUCUUUAUAAAAACUGUACACGGAUAAUCACAGCAGCUUUAUUUGUAAUGGCCCCAAACUGGAAACAAUCAAAGUGUUGCUCAAUAGGGGAAAGGUUAAACUGCGGUAAGUCCAUAUCAUGUAUUAGCAGCAAAAAUGAAUGAACCACUGAUCCACAAAAAUUAGCUGGAUCUCAAAGGCAUUAUGGUGAGCGAAAAAAAGCAAUCUCAAAAUGUUACAUAUUGUAUGAUUCCAUUUGUAUAACAUUUUUGAGAUGACAAAAUUAUAAAAAUGGAAAACAUAUUAGUGUUUGCCAGAGGUUAGGGAUAGUGGAGUGGGCGAGAAGUGGUAUGACUAUAGAUGGGUAGCAUGAGUGAGAACUUUGUGAUAACAGAAUAGUCCUCUAUUUUUAUUGUGGUGAUGGUUACAGAAAUCUUCACAUAUUAUAAAAUGGCAUAGAACUAUUUACAUGUUAUCAGUGUCAGUGUCCUGGUUAUGAUAACCUCCUGUAUCAAGGGGAAAAGCUCAGUGAAAGGUAUAUAUGAUCUUCCUAUGUUAUCUUUGCAAUUUCCUAUGAAUUAUUUCAAAAUACAUUUAAAAAAGAGGGCACCUGGGUGGCUCAGUGGGUUAAGCAACUGCCUUCGGCUCAUGUCAUGAUCUCAGGGUCCUGGGAUCGAGUCCUGCAUCGGGCUCCCUGCUCGGCGGGGGGCCUGCUUCCCUUCCUCUCUCUCUGCCUGCAUCUCUGCCUACUUGUGAUCUCUGUCAAAUAAAUAAAUAAAAUCUUAAAAAAAAAAAAAAAAAGAACCACAAGAGAGCGCCUGGGUGGCUCAGUGGGUUAAAGCCUCUGCCUUCGGCUCAGGUCAUGAUCCCAGGGUCCUGGGAUGGAGCCCCGCAUUGGGCUCUCUGCUCAGCAGGGACCCUGCUUCCUCCUCUCUCUCUGCCUGCCUCUCUACCUACUUGUGAUCUCUAUCAAAUAAAUAAAUAAAUAAAUAAAAAGAACUAUUUUAUUUUUUAAUGUCAAGCACAUUUAAAAAUCUGUUAGAAUGUAACAGAGGAGGGGCAGGAUGGCAGAGAAGUAGGAAACCCUGUUUUAACGAGUCUCUUAAAGUGAGCUAAUUAUCUACCAGAACACUCUGAUCACCCAUGAAAUCAGCCUGAAAUGUAGGAUUAGACACUUCUGCAUCUCUACAGGAGCAGAAGACACCAGUGGAGAGGUAAAGUGAAGUGGCAACCCUUGGACUGAUAUCUGAAGAUAAACAGAAGGGGGCACUGGAAAGUAAUACCUCAGUACGAAAGUGCCUUGUGAUUGGGGAUCAGCAUUAACUUGGAAUCUUGUUAAAAGCACUCAAAAAGAGCAAAAGAUCUUAAGGGGCAAAUGGUGGAAUUGGGCAGUCCAGGCAUGGGCCUAAGCCCAUGGACCCAGGAUGGCCACUGCCCGAGACAACCCCUGCCAGAGAGAGUGCAGUAGCCCCUGGGGUUGUGUGGCUUGUACCACCCUUUGGCUGGGUACACUCCUGCCCCUUCAUGAGGGAGUCUGGUGAUGGCACCAGCCUGCGUGCGUUUCCUAGAACUUUUGUGCUCUGCAUGCACUGCACGACAGGGGUCUGAACCACUCCCCUUCUGUGCCUGAGAAAGCUCCAUUCGGGCACUAGCCAGCAGUCUAUAGGAACAGGCAGAGUCUGGACUCUCCCAGCCAGGGCCUGAAGGAACUCAGCGUGAUCUCUGGUUGUGAUCCUGCAGUGGCAACAUUUGCUGUUGUGAUCCCAGACAGCAGUCCUGGCAAAGGCAGCCACCGGAAGCAGACUCCCUGGACCAAUACACUUGCGGUUUUAGUGGCACAGGGAUGCAGAGACAAGUGGGUGCUUCAGGUGACCCCUAAGAGGGUGGCUGGGGACAUGUAGUGCCUGUGGGAGUCGCAUGGCUCAGUGGAGUUUGCAAAAGGGGAGUCUGUGUUCCGGACCAACCAGAGGGGAGCAGACUGAAGCUUCUCUUUGAGACGGAGGUCUGGGUGCAGCUUGCUUUCCACUAAACCUCCAAAAACCCUCAGAAAGCCACCAAAACCCAAAAACCUUCAGAGAACAAAAGCCUGAGAAACUGGUUUCCAUAGCGUGCAGCCCCUCGAUAGGGGGCAGAAGGACUCAACCCAAAGCAA